AUGGACAGGUGAGUUGGCAAGCGCGGCUGACCAGGAAGCCUCAUCGACGACCGUUCAGGAAGGCUGACCCUUGGCUGCGAACUCUUACUCUUGUAGCCUCGAUCUGCCCACUCACCAGCUCAUCCUGGAUGAGCUGGCCCUCAAUCUCGCUGACCAUGUGUCGGCUGGAAAGCUCGACCCAUCCGAGCCUGCCACCGUCUUCUUUGCGAAUGCGAGCAGCUCUAAGAGCAAGACCAGCUCGGGCAUUCAUCUGGUAAGUUCAGAGAGGGACUGGAGGAAGCUUCACUUGUCAAUCCACUCCUCAUUCCUCGUCCGACGUCUGCUCUGUUUCGCGGUCUUUAGAGCGCCUCCGCUGCUCGCACUCAGAUCAGUCUGGCCCUAUUCGCUUCAUCGAUCUCCUCGGCAUCGCUCUCCACUACGCAUACGGUGGAUGAGGCGACGGAUGAGCACCUGCGUCCGGUUCUCGAAGAGCUCGUCAAGCACGCCAAGGCGCUGUCAUCGCUUAACAUUGAGGAAGGCAUGAACCUCAUCGACUGGCCUUUGCUCGAUCAGCUCGCAUUCGCCCUCACCUCUGCUCUGCUCAACAUUGCGCGCAAUGCGCCCCAGCAUCGCCAGUCAGCCCUGGACGCUGUGCUUGUCCUUGCCGAGAAUCUGGCAGUGGGCUUGAGCGCAUCGUCUGGCUCGACCCACGCGGUCGCUACACGUCUCGUACCAGCGUUCCAUGGGUUCUACAGAGCACUCGCCAGCGUACCCUUCUCUUGGAGCAUCGCCGAGUUCGCUCGACUUGCAGUCGCUUUGACGCCCAUCACCACCGCAAGUGGCAGCACUAAGCGCCUCAAUGAUGCCCUUCUGACCCUUCCAGAGCAAAGCGCAGCUCGCGCUCAGGCUGAUCGUGCCACGCGACGCAAGCCCAAGAAGCCAACAGUCCGUCCUCGCGAGGAUGACGAUGACGACGCGCGCAGCGUCGGUUCGGUCGACACUUUCUUUUCCGGUGACGAAAGCCUCGAUGCGGACAACGAGCCAGUGACUGGUGGCUUCAGCCUCGAGAGCGAUGAUGGCGAGCACAUCGACUAUCGCAACUCGUUGCUCGCCCACUAUCGCCGUCUGGGCCGUCCUCUCUCUGGACACUUGGUACUGUGCGGCGCCAUCGAAGCGCUGAGCUCCGUCUUGGCACAAUGUCUGGCCACGCAUGCAAGCCCGCCCAUCUCAAGCUUCGCAGACUAUCAGAAGCAAGGCCUGGACCAACAGAGCAUCGACCCUGCUCGUGCGGUCAGAGCGGACCGCUUCGAUCUCGUCGCCGACACGCCACGCGCUGCCCUUCACGCCGGGGAACAUGUCGGAGAUGCCACGGCUAAAGCGUGGACCGCUUUGAUGCGCUUUCCCGUCAAAGAUCCGCGCAAGGAGCCGCAGCAACCCCAGGCUGCCAAUGGCCAGUCGCAGCAGAACGGCACGGGCUCCGGGUUCCUGGCCUCGCUGCCACUCGUGGGCAGCAAUAGCAACACGGCCGCCUUUGGCAACGGCGAUGCAGCUGGCCCCACCACAGCUAGCGUCUCGCAAGGCGUACUGGCUGCUUUGCGAUUCGGCAGUCGCGUGUAUCAUGACCUGCAGCGCUUCAUCGAGUCGGAGGGAGCGAAGCGCGGUGAGCUGUUCAUCGACGUCUAUGCACUCGAAAUCCUUUCCGAGGCUCUCAAGCUCGGUGCACUGGCUUCCAUCGCCCAGACACGUAUCUCUCACGCAAGCGUUGACUCGCACACGCUGGUGCGCGUGCGCACCCUGUUGAGCGAGGGUGCCGUAGUCUACGAGCCCGUCGUGCAGAGCGCCGCGCUGCAAUCGGUAGCAGCUCUUGUUCGCAACUACCCCAACCUCGGACUGGCAAUGACCACGCAGCUGCGUCGUUUCGUGACCAGCCCUUUAGCCAUGUUCGAAUUGGACGAAGCGAGCGUUGCGGCGGGCAACGCUUCCAUCGUCUCUCCUCACAUCGAUACCUCGUCCCCAUCUCUCGGCGUUGUCACCAACCCGGUGCUGGCAAGCGCUGCGAAGUGCUUGGCCAUCUGUGUGACCUCUUCGCAGAACGACGAUCUGCUCAUCAGUACCAUGUACACCUUGCUCAACUAUCUCGGCAAAGAUAGCGCAACUGGCGGUUUCGCUGCAGGCGGCGCCGCAGGCAGCGCUGUCUCCGUCCGAAGCGGAAUCAGCAGAGCCGUCACCGGACGCGACUUUGGAAGCACCAUUGGUGGCCAAGCGGGGCAAGCGGGCGCUCGCACCACUGCUCAGAAGCGUCUCAUCAAUAGUUCGACGAUUGCUAUUGUCAGUCGCCUGGCCCUAGAGGUCAACAAGCCGGACGUCACUGCUCUGACGAUCAGCAUGCUGCUUCAAAGGUUACGCACUGCCGAUGAGGUCGCCGAGGGCGCCAUCUUGGCUCAACUCGUUCCGCUUGCGUUGGCAGGACCCAAGUCUAGCUAUCUCGACGUCGUGCGCGCUUUCAGUCAUGCUAGUCGCAGCGCCGUUACGGGUGGCGCGGACCGCCGUGCAAGCUCCGACAUCCUUGCUGCUCAACUUCGCUUGGCUCGUGCUCUCGAUCGUCUCCAUGAAGACGCGGAGACGCCCAGCGAAGGUACGAAGCCAGAUGCGGACGAAGACUCGGACGCGGAGCGCACGGCUGGCCACAAAGAGCUUUACCUUGUCGAGCUACUUCAAUUGUACGCAGAAAAGGGCAUGCAGCUGCAGACUAGCGUGGGAAGUGGCAAAGCCAGCAAAGAGGAGACGUCUGAGCUCACAGCGGACUUGGCUGCGCUCCUUCCUGUCAUUGCUGCUGUUCUGGAGCACGAUGACCUGCGCCCUCACGAGAACCCAACGCCGGAGCUCGUCUCUCACUUCCGCAACCUCUGGUUUUUGAGCGUCAUCUUUGGGGUGGUCACUCCUGGCGAGCAGCUUGCAUUGACAGGUGCUUCGCGCUCUUCUCAAACGCUUCGUACAGGAGUGCUUGCCCAUGCUCUAGGGGACCCGAGCCCCGUCGCUGAAGCUUUGGGAACCAUCAGCCUCAAGACCCCGGCUCUUGUCCCUGAGACUUCGCACAACUAUGUCGAGUCGGACUUGGAGUUUAACAGCGUUCUCAAGCGUGACUUCAGUUCUGCUGCCCUUGACAAGCAGCGCAAGAAUCUGUCGGCGCUGAUACCAAGUCAUGCUAGCGAAGUGAGCAAGCUUGCCUUCCCUCAGGUAACCUUCCUCAACACCAUCUACAGCUUAGAGUGCACCAGAAGCGCUAUGGGCCAUCCGACCAUGAUCUUGUGGUACUUCAUCAACGCUGGAUUGAACGCGAGCAGUUUGGCUAAGCCGAUGGAGGGUAUCGCCGAUCAAGUCAUCAACUCUUUCAUCAAGGACCUCUCGCAGCAGGUCAGCGAGCACAAGGUUCAGCCUCGUGUUUCGGAAGAAGUGAAGCGCCUUUUCGUGGCAAGCUGCCAUCGCGUGGAGAAGGUUCGCAGCGUCUCGCGCCGCUUCCUGGACCGCCUCAUCCCGACCUAUCCUAGCUUGCUGUGCGACCAAGACGUCGUCGUGGCGAUGCUCGAGAUCCUUACCCUGCUGCGCCAAGGCUGCGAAGGACAGUGGCGAGACGAAUACGCACCUAUCUAUCACUUCCGCUCCGAGCGGGCGGAUCUUAGCUUCGACCUCACAGACUCCUAUCCUCAUCGAGAAGAGAUACUCUCCUCUUUCUUGCAGCGCACACGCUCCUACCUUCAAUUACUCCUGGCUCGCGCACCCGUUGAGCUGCAAAGCAUCCUCAAUCGUUAUCUGAGCACAUUUGACGACAACGAACUGCCAGGCUAUUCUGAAAUGGGAAAAAGCAUUGCCCUCGACUUCUCUCGUGCCAUGCCCACAUCUGGCCCACAAGACGCCUUCUUGCCGACGCUGGGUGGCUGGCGCGCAGACGCCUCCAGCAGCUUCGUCGGCGAGCUCAGCGCCAAGUCUACUUACCUGGGCGAGAUGACUGGAGUGCACCUUGCGCUCACAAAGGGCUUAGUCGAGCUGCAGAAGGACCCCAGCAGCAACUUCUCGCAAGAUAGCUUGGCCGAGGUCAAGCGCCAGCUCACUACUCUUCAAGCAAGCUUGGUGGAAGGCGCCCCGCCUCCUCCUUUUGCUGAGAUCCGUCGUCUUCUGUACCGCUCGGCUGCUCUCGCGGUUGCCCUGCCCCACGUGAGCAAAUGUACUAGAGAUGGUCGCACCGCAUUUGAACCUCACAUUGACGUUUCUCUGGCUUUUUCACCACGCAGGCGGACUUUGACAUUCUGCACUUCAUCGUCGCUAUUCCCCUGCGCGUCUUCACGCCGGCUGCGGUCACCACUGCCAGCCAUGUGUGGACCUGGAUCAUCGGCGAGCGUCCCGAGCUGGAGACAAAGGUGAUGGUCGAAGCUUCGAUUGGAUGGGCUGCCACAAUCAAGUCCCGUCGAGGUUUGUUCUCCAACGCGCUUGAUGCCGAGCACCCGCUGCUCAAGAAGACGGAAAUGAGCGCAUUCGAUCGCAAGGAGGUGCAGCGAGAGCGGGAGCGCGCCACAAAGCUCUUUGCUCCACAUCUGACGCUGAUCAGACUGAUGUCUAGCCGCUUCCAGGCCUUCCGAUACCGCGAUGCCGCGAUGGUCUUGACGCUUGUCCGCCUGUUGCAGCGUUCUGCUCAAGCGACGGACCAUAUGAGCACCCACGCUCUGUCUCGCGAAGUCAGAUUCGCUCUCCUGGUCUUCGGCUUCCGCGUCAUUCAGGAAAGUCGCUUGGAUGGCUUGGUGGAAUACCAGCUCCGCGAUGCCUUGUACCGCAUCGCUUUCAGCUGGUUCGCCCUGUCUCCUCAGUGGAUCUUUGGCAGCAGCCGCAUGCAGGUAGCAGCUGAGAUUGCUUUGAUGCGCGAGCUGCUUCAAAUUCUGGCGGCGGACAAGCAGCGCUCCACCUUCGUAGUGACCUCCUUCCCGCCCGCUAUGGAGGGGGUUCGUCUGCCGGGCAAUUUGACGGCAAGCGAUGCGAAGCGCGCCAUGGACGACAAGCGGAUCCUUCUGCAGCUCUUGGUCGAGGAUGAGCUCGGUCGUGCUGCAGUCUGGAACAACCCCCUCAAGGAGUCGAGUCGAGACCCAGACUUUACUGGAGAGGCUGGAGCAAGCAUGACCGAUUCGAAGUGGGCCUCGAUGGUACGCCUCGCAUGGCGCAUCAACCCGCAUGUCGCCGUGCAGAUGGCCAUCCGCAUCCACUCGCCUUCCGUCGAGAAGGAGGCUGGACGUCUCGUUCGCGCACAGCCUCACAAGGUCGUUCGCUCCCGCGAAGCAUUGAACCUGCUCAUCGAGGAUCACCUUCAAUUGGCACAGUCAGAAUCAGCAGACCUCAAGUGGCUGCUGUACUGGGCGCCGGUCACUCCCGUCGAGCUCGUCAACCUGUUCCAGCCUGUCUAUGGCAACAAUGGCUUGCUGUUGCAGUACGCUAUGCGAGCACUCGAACAACAUCCCGUCUCGCUCACCUUUUUCUAUGUGCCACAGAUCGUGCAAGCAUUGCGUGACGAUGCGUACGGAUAUGUCGAGCACUUCAUCUUCCAGACCUCCAAGAUUUCUCAAUUGUUCUGUCACCAGAUCAUCUGGAACAUGAAGGCAAACUCGUACAAGGACGACAAUGGUGAGGUGCCCGACCCGAUGAAGCCUACUUUGGACCGUAUGGUGGAUUUGAUUGUUGCGGCGCUUUCCGGCGAAGCACGCUCGUUCUACAAUCGCGAAUUUGGCUUUUUCAACGAGGUUACCGGCAUCUCGGGCAAGCUCAAGCCUUAUAUCAAGAAGAGCAAAGCCGAGAAGAAAGGAAAGAUCGACGAAGAGGUCGCUAAAAUUGAAGUGGAUCCGGGUGUCUACUUGCCCUCAAACCCCGACGGUGUUGUGGUCGACAUUGCUCGCAAGUCCGGCCGGCCUCUACAAUCACAUGCGAAGGCGCCGUUCAUGCUCACCUUCAAGGUUCAUCGAGACGUGACAGAGUCUCAACAGGACGAAGAGGUGGCACCUGGUGCUGCAUCUGCUGCCAACGUCACCGGAGGCAAGACGACUGGCAUAGAUGUCUGGCAGAUGGCCAUCUUCAAGGUCGGAGACGACUGUCGUCAGGACGUGCUUGCACUACAGUGUGUUGCCCAGUUGAAGAACAUCUUUGCAAGCGCUGGCCUUGGUGAGCUGACCGGCGGGCGCUUAUCUGCUGCAAGCCGUUGCUAACGAUGCCUGCCGCAUCUACAUCCCUCAGAUUUGUAUCUCAACCCUUAUCGCGUCACUGCCACGGGGCCAGGAAUGGGUGUGAUCGACGUCGUGCCCAACGCUACCAGUCGUGAUGAAAUGGGUCGAGCUCAAGUCAACGAACUCAGCGCUUUCUUCAUUCAGCGAUACGGUAACCGCGACUCGAUCGCCUUCCAGCAAGCUCGUCAGAACUUCGUGUCUUCGAUGGCGGCGUACAGUCUGAUGUGUCACAUUCUCAACGUCAAGGAUCGUCACAACGGGAACAUCAUGGUCGACGGUGAUGGUCACAUUGUUCACAUCGACUACGGCUUUUUGCUCGACUCGGGACCAGGUGGCAUGCAAUUCGAGCCGCAGUUCAAGCUAACGAACGAAUUCGUCAACCUGAUGGGCGAAGAGGGCCUCAAGACAUUCAGCUCCAUGUUUGUCCGCGGCUUCUUGGCGCUCAGGUCAUACGCCGAGCCCCUCAUCGACAUGUGCACGCUCAUGGCUGGUGCCGAUCUGGGAUGCUACAAAGGAAACCCUACUCAGGCUCUCGCGCGCCUUCGCCAGCGUUUUGCCCUGCACCUCAAUGAGCGUGCUGCUGCCGAGUACGCUAUCGAGCUGAUCAAUGAGGUGAGUAGCAAGCCUAAUCAGAGCGAUGCAGUGACCUCUUGACUCACUCGCUGUUAUCCGCUACGGACGCAGGUCAAGGGCUCCAUCCGUAGCAGAGCCUACGACGAGUUGCAGCGCGUCACAAACCAAAUGUGAGUCAUCGGCCGAGGCAAGGCCGCUGUGAUCUCUAUUGCGUACAUGGCGGCUCACAGCAACACUUUCUUGUUUCUCGGUGCAGUCCGUAUGCCAAGUAA